GUUCACAAAUAUUAGUAAACUAAAAUAUUUGUCUAGUUUCGGCUUAAAAGUUAGCAAAAUCAUGUUUGAUAAAAAGUUUAAUGUUGGUACCUAAGCCAGGUGCUCACUUGAAAACUCAUUUAAAUGUGUUUUAUUUAAUUUGGCGAUAUACAUAUGUAUCUCAUAUUGUAUAGCCAUCGCCUAUUUCUUUCCAAUUUGAGUACACUUGAUGGUUUUUAGUACAAGUAGUAGUUUGCAAUUUCAUGUGCUUAAUAUAAAUACCAGAAAAAAUAUAAUUUUGUGGGUCAAGUAAAUUGUAGUGAAAAUAAUUGCAGAUCUAUAAUUUGCAACGUCUGGAAAAUAAGGCACAAGACAAUUUGCCUCUGGUUCGGCUAGCAAAACAAAGAAAACAAAAGAAUGAUAUUUUGUAUAGCACUAUGAUAGCAAGGGGAUCUCGGUGACAAAAUAUAAUUUAUAAAUAAAAAAUUGUCAACAGAUUUCGUGUGAUCCACUAAAAAAUGAUUUUUUUAUAUAGAAAAAAUCGUAUUAAUAAUAAAUUGAAAAUUAAUGAAAAUAAUUCGACAACAACAUGCGCGAAAUUCGUUAAUUCUACAAAAUUAUCAAAGGAAAGAGACGGUUGUGUCGACAAAUAAGUGUACUGCGAGAAAUGGUGCUGUUGCAACGUCAACGACUACAAAGGACUUUAAAUCGGUUCCAAAGACAGAGGCAUCAAGAAUUUUUAGAACCUUGUAUAAAGCCGCAGCACUCACAAUCAUUUCAAUUGUUUUAUUAUCGCCAAUUACCAAUAAAUCAUUGCAAAACACCGAUAAAAUUAUGGCUGCAGCUGCUGCUGCAUUGGGUUCUGGAUGCACACCAUCCCUAUCAGCUCACCUAAUUAGCGGAGUUGUUGGCAGUGGUGUUAAAGUUUCAAAUAUUGGAGUCAUUGAUUGUUCACCGAGUUCAACAUCUGCUGUUACACUCAAUAAUAGCAGCCAUGCUCUUGGCGAUAAAGACAUAAAUAACAGCAAAACGGAAAAACUUCUGGUUAAUAGAAAUGGUGGCAGCAGCAAUAAUGACACCGAAACCUAUAAUUCAUCUAGCAGCAGUGGAAAUAUUGGCGGAAGAUUGAAAUUUUUCAAAAAUGGAAAAGUCAUAUUAGAAUUGGCGCGUUCUAAAGAAGGUUCAAAGAAUGGAUGGAUAUCGGUUCCGAGGAAAGUUUUUCGCACACCGUCAGCCACUUCAUCAACAGUUACCCCUACUUUGGCCACAUCGAUAACAUGCUCUAAGAAUGAAAGUUUAGCAUCUCUAAGCUUUUCUGAUGACAACAGUUCCAUACAAUCUUCACCAUGGCAACGAGAACACUCUUGGAAACAACAAUCUCCUCGUAAAAGCAUUUCGAAAGCCAUGUCGUUCUAUUACCAGCGACCUAAGAUCGUUAUUUUGACUAAAGCUGCAUUUGCCAUUGCUCGUAGAAAACAUCGAAGGCCAUAUGACACUAAUUUGUGCACUAAUGGAAAUUUCAUUUUAAAAAGUCAUGAAAAAAUGUUAGAAGAAAACCAGAGUUUCAAAGCAUUAUUGAACCCAUCUCAUCAACGUGACACAAAACCAAUAAAUGUUAAUAAAGACAGUGAUAUUAAAUGCAAAACAUGGAAGGAAGAAAUUAAAUGUGGGCUAAUAAAUGAAGAAGAUUGUUGCUCAAGCUCAUCUACAGCAACGUUAACCGGUUACGAUUUUACAGACGAACAAAUGGAAGUUAAAACGCCAACUCCGUCAUCGAUUUCUUUACCACAUUCACCCUGUCAAAAUGACAAACCAUUUGAAAAUAAACCCACUGAAGAUGUGCAAAUCAGUGCAACAGAAGAAAAUAAAAUAAACGCUCCAGAAAAUAUGAAUAAUGUUGAAAAUAUAGAUUUGAUAUCAACGAUGGAUGAGAAUGACGGGACAGAACCCACUCUGAAUGGCAUUACAUUAGAGGUACGCAGCGUCAAUUCUCAAUCAGAUAAACUAUAUUUUCAAGAUGUAUAUGAUCAACGUGGUGACGAUAAAAGACAUAAGAAUGGCAAAAUCCGACUUAAGUUAAGUACAAUUGUCCAAAAGUUGAUUGACAGAAUGCCUUUACGCCUUGCUCAGCUAUCAAAGAUAAAUCAAUCAAUUGAGACUACCAAUAGCUUUUGUGGUUCUACUAAUACAAUCUCGCAAAAGGUUUCACCAUCGAAUGCGUCAACUGCAACGCGUCUAGUCGAGUAUCCACAGCAUCAUGUAUCACCACGAAAGCGGAUCCUCCGCGAAUUCGAAAAAGUAUCUUUAGAGGAUAAUUCCAAUUCAGCUGGAGGAAAGAGAAGUCGUGCGAAAAAUAAUGCAACAUUAUCGUCGUCGGCGCCACAUCAUAGAACAAAAUCGCCCAAUAGUCGUAAUAACGUCAAUGCAAAUAGUAACAUACUGUCAAAAAUAAGCCAAUCUUGCGGCAACAGCUCAAUUCGGUCGUCAUCAGCUACGUAUUCAAAAUCUGAGACAACAGAGUCAGUAUUGACAACUACACCUACACGCCUUUACAGCUCAUAUAGCAUUCAUUCAUUACUAGGGGGUAAUGUCUGUAGUAGCACAAUACCGUCUAUAUCACUUGCAAAUACUGGUCCUAGUACAAUAACUAACGAAACCACGGUUCUUAGUAGUAAGGGCUAUCAUACAAAACAUCAACAUGUUUCGCCCCAAACGCAUUAUAAUGAUCCGUCUUAUUUGCGUUCAAUGCUUGCUUCACCCAAAUCUCCAGAACAAUGUAAUAUUGGUUGCGGAGGCAAAUCACCGUCGACUUCAGCUUCAAAAAAACGGUCUCCACCCUACGUUUCUCCGCACGAUUUGCACAUUAACAGUGAUGCAGGAAUGUUAAACAGUAAAACCCGUUUUGCCUCCGAACAAUCUAGUAAUAUAGAUACCACAUCUACCAUACUUUCCGGAAGUCAUUCUCAUUUACAUUCACAAAAUAAGGGGUUUUAUGUGCCGUACAUGCCAUUAUCAAAAUAUGUACCUCCUACGAGCACGUCAGUGCUCACAGAUACAACAGCGUCAAUAUCGUCAAGUUCUUGCGGUCCUCAUGAAGCGAGAUCACCUCGACAUCUAUCAGCUUUUAGUAGAACAUCUUCACCUGCUUCGAUAUCAUCAGCAAUUCUAGUUAAUCAAUCAUCUUCGUGUUCAAUUGGCAAUAGUAGAGAAAACUCGCCACCAAUACCGCAGACAACUUGCGAUUCACCGCGUGACACUAUAUCAAGAACUGUACCAAAAAAGACUGCAGCAAUUCGUAGACAAUUCGCUUCACCCAAUGUCAUUGCAUUAAGUAUUGUCAACCCCUCGUCAGGGGAUCGUCACACUGAAGAAAUCUACUCAACUCAGGACCAUCAAACUCCUGUUUCUCAUGUGAAUACUUGCAGUAGUGGGAGUCAUCAAUUGCUACGUGGAUCGCCAAAUAAUAACACAGUUCCUUCACCACUUCAUCACUAUUAUAUGUAUUCAGCAGUGGCACCUAAUGACAACUCAAAUCAAGUUCCACGUAGUUCGCCCGUCUCAACGAGUACAUUUUCUCUUGGGCAUGGAGGAACAAAUAGUUCUGCUGGAUCAUACAUUCCAUCGGUGUUGCCGACCGCUUAUAUGAAUCCAUAUUUUGCAUUGGCUGCCUUGAGACAACCCCAACUAUGGUCACACUAUGGUGGCAUGUCUUUACCUUUGCAUCUGUCAUCAGUUGCGGCGACGGCGACGGCUUCCCUGAGGCUUUCACCGCCAGCGUUUCAUACCUUUGCUUACAAUGGAGUUAAUGCGGCUAUGGCGGCAGUAGUACAGCAACAACAACAUGUAUUGGCUUCAUCAGCCUUAAUACAUGGGCAUAGCCAGAACAACGUAUCAGUGGUACCUACCGAUCAUCCAUCUCAAAAUGCUUGUGGUGGAAGAAAAGUUUCAGCGGCAACAAUGACUGAGCGAACGACUGAUUUAGAUGCUGGCGCAAUUGCGAAUAAUGCAACGGGUCUUGACUUGGUUCCAGAAGAAAUGUCUAGCAGCAAAAAAGAACAUAGUUCAGACGUGCCGCUGAACCUAUCUAAGCAUUGAGUGCAUUUUCCAUUAUAUAGCUAUGUAAGUUCCAUUCGUUUUAGGUAGAUGUUAGCUGACUCACAUAAAGUAUUGUAUAGGAGAUCGAUACAUUCAUGUAAGGAUAAUUAUAUAAAAUAAUUUUAUAGCAUGUACUCUUUCACUCAUUUAAAUCAAUUGCGACUAACAUCUUUCGACUUGUGCAAUAAUUUUUGAAUGACAUAAAUAUAUUUAGAUACAAAGAAAUUAAAAAAAUUAUAUAUAAAUAAUAAAUUUCGUGCAGAAAAGAACAGAUAGUAUAUUUAUUUACAUCAAUAAUAAUUAAUAUAGACUGUAUACACUAGAAAUUCAUCAGGAUUAAUAAUUGAAGAGGGGAUUUAAAUGAAAUCAACACUAUU